CAAAAUAGCCGGCUGUGAGAGUCGCCUCCAGACUUGAGUCACUUCUCACCGGUUGUUUUUCACGACACUUCUUCACCUGCGCCGUCUCCUAUCCAGUCUGUCUGAUGAUUUGGACAUUGCUUCAUUUUAGUGCCCUCCUUAUUGGGGCACUUACAUCCCCGACUCCGAUGCCGUCCGUCGCCUCCGGAGGGCCGUGCCGCCUCCACGCCGCCGGCCGCGCUGCAGACUGUCAGGGCCGGCAGCUGGACGCCGUCCCGUGGAAACAUCUCCCAUCCACGCUGGAAGUCGUCGAUCUCUCCUCCAACGCACUUCGAGCGGUCGGCGCCGACGACUUCCUCCGCCUCCCCCGGCUUCGCGUCCUCCGGCUGCGGUACAACAACAUCUCGCACGUCGCCGCCGACGCCUUCAGGAACAACGCGCUGCUGGAGCACCUGGACGUCUUCAACAACUCCCUGGAGGACAUUCCUGCCGCGGCUCUGACUCGUCUUCUGAACCUGAGGGAGCUCCACAUGUCCAACAACCUGUACCCGCGGGCCACUUUAGCGGAAGGCUUCUCCAAACUGGUGAAACUCCAGGUUCUGUCCCUGGGCGGCCCUCUGGUGAAGGGUCUGAGGAAAGAGGACUUUCAGCCCCUGAGGAACAUCAGGUUGAAAGUUUUCGCAAUCAAAUGCUCCAACAACCUGCGGUUUUACGAGCCCGGAAGUCUACGAGUCAUCCAGACUGAGCGGAUGGGCUUCGACAUGGCGGUGGACCGGCGGCCGGACGCCCUCCCUCGCAUGCUGCGUGACCUCGCCAACAAGACCUUCAGCGUGCUCCAAUUCCGCAACCUCUUUGAGUUCACCUACUACCUGGAAGAGGAGGACCUCUUCCGGAAUUUGCGAGCGGUCACAGCCCAGCAGCUCGUCUUCCACAGAGGCAAAUUCAAUGAGAAUCUCCUCAGGAUGGCCUUGAUGAACCUACAAGUCACGCCCGUCAACAGCUUGAGGCUUCAGUACAUCGACUUUGCCCGUUCGCCCACGUUUGUUGACAGCGGGGCGAGUUCCAGCAUCACGGACCUGAAUCUGGAUCAGUUGGAUCUUUGGUACAUCAGCAACCCAGACGUGCUGCGGUUCGACUGGCGCUUCACCUGGUUCAACAAAGUCAAGAACCUGUCCAUUCGCCAUGUGUACUUCAACUUCGUGCCGUGCGACGCCUGGGUGGAGAUGAAAGGCGAGACGUCUCUGGACGUCUCCAACAACCGUCUGGAGAACGCGUUCGUCUACAACAGGCGGUGCGACGACAAGGACGCCGUGCCGAAUCUGCGCACGUUCAAGAUGAGCUUCAACGAACUGACCAGCCUGGAGGUCUUGUCGGCUAUGACGAGAGACUUCCGGCAGCUGCAGGUGUUGGAUGUGAGCCACAACAAGCUGGGGUCCGCCUUCACCGGUCGGAACUGCGUCUGGCAAGAGAACAUCACGCGGUUCAUCGCCCACCACAACCCGCUCGUGAGCGAGGCCCUCCGCUGUCUGCCCACCACGGUGCACCACUUGGAUCUGUCCCACUGCGAACUGGACCAGCUGGACUUGACGUACUUCGAGAAAGCCACCGAGCUGAGAGAACUCCUGCUGAGCGGGAAUAAAAUCAAGUUCAUCCCGUCGGCGUGGCGAAGUCCGUCGCUGCGGUCGCUGUCUCUGGACAGCAAUUCGUUCGGCAUCAUCAGCGAGAAGUCCUUCCGGGACAUGCCUCGGCUGUCUCAGCUGAGGGCGGGGAACAAUCCCUACCACUGCACCUGUGAGCUCCACGCUUUCAUCAAGUACACCGUGUCCAGAGCGAAGGUCAACCUCACGGACUGGCCUUGGAACUACAGGUGUUACCACCCGGAGGCCUUGCGCAACACGGCCAUGUCCAGCUUUGGCCCCCGGGCGAUGGAUUGCGACGUCAGAAUAGUUAUCGGCAUCUCAGUCGCCACCACGGCGGUGGCGGUCUUGAUCUUGAUGCUGAUGUGCUAUAUUUUUGACCUCCCGUGGUACACCAAAGCCACGUAUCAGAUCGUCCGGGCCAAGUACAGAGCGCACAAGGAAGGAGCGGCGGGGGAACUGGGGUCUUUUACGUAUCACGCCUUCAUAUCGUACAGCCACUCUGAUGCCGACUGGGUGAGGGACCAGCUCCUGCCUCGCUUGGAGAGUAACGGGAACUCCUAUCAUCUGUGCAUUCACGAGAGGGACUUCAUGCCGGGAAGAUGGAUCAUCGAUAACAUCAUUGAUAACAUCGAAAGCAGUCGGAAGGUGAUCUUCAUCCUCUCUCACCACUUCGUCAACAGCGAGUGGUGCAACUACGAGCUGUACUUCGCCCAGCAGAGGGCGGUGGGGAAGACCUUCAGCGACGUCAUCCUGGUGGUGAAGGAGCCCCUGGACCCCAGCUCCUUGCCCAGCAAGUACUGCAAGCUGAAGAAGAUGAUGAGCAACAAGACGUACCUGAAGUGGCCGCAGGAGGUCAGCCAGCAGACCUUCUUCUGGACGCAGCUGAGAGGCGUCCUGGGCAAGCCGACGAUGACCGGGAGGAGGGCCCUCAGGACGCCGUCGGAGCGAAGCGUCUCCGUGAUCGUGGCCCCCGCGGAGGGGCUUGCGAGGCCGAGCGUGGCGGAAACCAACGUGGAGCCAAACAAUGGGAUCAUCAAAUGGAAUAACACCGAGCUGUCGAACAUGAGACAUAUCCCCGCCGUUACGUUUUGACUAAAAAGGAGUUAGAAAAACCAAGUUGAGACAUUUCUUCAGCUGAAACCCGACGGCCUUUUGUGACCUUUGGGGUUGACCUCAAAACCCUGCUGACAUCCGUGGGGAAAGGGUUUGGUUCUCCGGCCCUCAGAGAGACGUGAGGUCGAGUGUCCACGACGAGACUCGCGCUGCAGAUUGUUUACUCCCCAGUGAUUUGACGCGUUUCAACCAAUUUUUUGGGAUUUUUCAAAAGUUCAUUUAGGUACGCAAAUACGUUUUAUUACUUUGAAAAACCCUUUUAGUGUGAACAUCUUAUCAAAAAUUGCACUUUAUAAUCAUGUAGAGCUCAUCUUGUUAGACUCUACAAUCCAAAAAGUGUUGGCAAAUAUUAUUCAGAAUUCCUAAGUUUUUCAUAUCCAACAAUUACUUCUUUAUUUAAUCGACAGUACAUCUUUCUUUUAAUUACUUUUUACAGGUGCGUAAAACUCUGCUGCUGACACCGUUAACAAUUAAAGUAUUUUCUUUAUGGAUUUGGUGAAAGCAGGAUUUCAAUUAUCCAAACACAAUGCAGCAUACGUUAGAUGACUCACGUUAAAUGGUUCAUAUUAAUCAGUUCAUGGUAAUGUUUACAUGUUAAUUGGUUGAUGUUAAUUGGUUCAUGGUAAUUGAUUGGUGUUAAUUGAUUUGUGUUCAUUGAUUAAUGUUAAUUAGUUUAUGUUAAUCGAUUCAUGUUAAUUAAUUCAUGUUACUUGCACUUACGACUCUAAAAUAUAUAUAUAUUUAUAAAUCUAUAUAUUAAUUUAUACAUGUAUGUAUGUAUGUAUAUUAAUAAAUACAUAUAUUUAUAUUUGUAUAUAUUUAUUUUUCUAUAUAUUUAUUUAUCUAUAUUUAUUUUUUGAAGUAUCGUAUGUGCCUGGUUCUCAUUCCUUGUGUACAUUAAUAAUGUGUGUACUUCUUCUUCAUGAGUGUGUGAAUGUGUGUGUGUCCAUCAUGGAGCGUCUCAGCGUUGGGUCUCUGGAGACGUUCCUUUGGUUCUCCCACAAGAGAGACGAGGGUUCUACUUCCACACGUCAGGUCAAAGAAAAGAGUUUCAGCUCGUCGGUAAUAAAAUAGCCAAAUGUUAAAUUUGGAAAAACAAUAUCUUGUCAUGCCAGUCUUUCUUAAAAACACAACACGUGCACACGGUUGACUUUCAUCUGACGAGUCCAACGAGGACCUUCUGAUUGGCAUCAGCGGGCCAACGAGCGGCACGCAAAUAUCCAUCAAGCCUUUAUGUAUCUUUAUAUCGGUGGAGAUAUCGAUGUAAAUCCACUUCCUGUGGACAGAGAACGUCGUCUGCUGCGCCGAGGAAACAGUUUGGGUUCAUUGAAUUAUUUUAAUAUUGGAGGAACAAUAUGCCCAUUUAGUUUCACCCUAUAUAUUUAUAUGGUGUGUGUGUGUGUGUGUGUGUGUAAGUGUUUGUGUGUGUCUUUGUGUGUGUGUGACUGCAAUGGCCGCCUCCUCUUUGAAGGGAAAAACCCCAUGAGUUAACAAUCCACUUAAUUUGGUUAUUUUUGUAUAUUAACUCAGUGCUGAUGCAGCUUCAACAAGUAGAAAUGGGUUUGUUAUAUAAUAUAUAUAUAUAUA